AUUGGUUAUCAAUGUGUCAAGUCCAUGACACAUGGCUCGGUCAUAUGCUGAAGAGCUUAAGACUCAAAUGUAGGCUACUGCGUCACCUUUAUUAUAAAUUAAUUGCAUAGAUGACAAUAAUGCAGCUUAAUGCGGACUUCAGACUAGGGUAGGCUACAUACUAUUCGUCAAACAUUCUAGCUGCCGUUUGGAUAAUAACUGUUUGCUCUCUUUUACAGUGCAGGGUUUACUCUGAGACUGAGUCCUUUAAGGCUUUGCUUCAGCAAAUUUUGUUGUGCCUCCAGUUAAGCUUCUCACGAGUUUUCACGCCAGUGUGAAGUGCAUUUAAAUUGAUCAGCGUCAAUAAUGACGUACUGUCUGUGGAGAGGCCGUGAUCAGAAACCGGGCAAGAAUCGAGUGGUGGACAGACUCUCACGUUGUCAUGUUUUGCAUAGCAACAACCCCCCCCCUCCCCGUCACAUGUGUUGGGGAUCAACUGAAUUUAUGCUUCACUGGAGAAAAACGGGGAAUUCUCUGCCAAGUGGAGAGCACCCCGCGAACCAUAGACCAUCUGUUUAGGACAACUGCUUAGGCAUUGGACAGACGUGUCAACUAAAAGUAUUAGACACAUCAACGAAAGUGACGUUUUCAAUUUCGGUAGAAUGAUUCUGCAGACACGAAGAGGUUAAUCAUUUCACCGCGGGAAAGGCGAAGUCUGCACAGCAACAAGCGCCAUGAUUGCAAUGAGCGCAGUGCGCCCCGGCAGCUGAAAACCAUGGAGUUACUGGAGGAGGACCUGACAUGUCCAAUAUGCUGCUGUCUCUUCGAGGACCCGCGCGCUCUCCCCUGCUCCCACAGCUUUUGCCGAAAAUGCCUCGAGGGCAUCCUGGACGGACAGCGAGGUCCCACUUGGCGCCCCCCGUUCAAAUGCCCCACCUGCCGCAAAGAAACCUCCCACAAUGGCAUCGCGAGCUUGCAAGUCAAUUACUCAUUGCGGGGAAUCGUUGAGAAAUACAACCGAAUUCGCGUGUUGCCGAGGAUGUCCCUCUGCCGCGAGCAUCACGGGCAACCGCUCAACAUCUUUUGCGCCACCGAUUUGAAACUUAUUUGCGGCUUCUGCGCCACUACCGGCGACCACAAGGGACACAAAUUCUGCGCUCUGCAGGACGCCUACGAGCAGGAGAGGGCUGCCUUUGAGGAGCUGUUCCGCGGGCUCGAGAACUGGCGCAGCGCCGAGGUGCUCUCGUGCCUGGAAGCGUUGGAGAGCAGCAAGAAGAAGGCGCUGCAGCUCGUGUCCAGAGACGCCGACCGGGUUACCGAGUACCUGGAUAAACUUCUCCGCGCGCUGGAGCACAAGCGGAGCGAGAUUCUGUCCGACUUUGAGACUCUAAAAUUGACGGUGAUGCAAACUUACGACCCGGAGAUCAGCAAGUUGCGUGCGGUGCUGGAGGAACAGAGGCGCGCGCUCAGCAUCGCUGAGUCCUUCAGGUCCCUGUCGGACCCCCUCGCAUUCCUUCAGCAAAUGCAGGACUUUCGCGAGACUCUGCGCGUAAUCAAAGAGACGCCGCUGCCGUCACCUCCUCGGAACGACGACGUCGACGUAGGUCCCCUCGUUCGAAACUUUGACGUGCAGCAGUGGGAUUCAGUGAGGCUCGGUGAUGUAGACACCCUCUGCGCCCCGCACGAGAGCAACGCUCACCGGUCACCUGCUGCGCCAUCUGUUCCACGCUUCCCUCUCGCGCUCUGGAGAUUCGUCCUGUUCGCGUGUGUUGUGUGCCUGUCCUUCGUGUCUCUAAUUCCGGUGGACUGUCUCGCACAUACUACCCCAGAACGAGUGGCUGCCCUGAGUCGAGCUUACCUGCCAGCGCCCGAAGAGGUCCUCCACCUAGCCGGGCGCUGCUGGAGAGAGACGGCGGGGCUCUGCGCCUUCCUGGUGGAGUUCUGUCAGAACUGUAUCCUAAACCUUAUUAACACCAGUGCAGACUUCAUCAGCUAAUGUGAAUGCGUUGACAGCCUGUUCGAUUGUAGUAGUUGUUGUUGUUGUUGCGGUAUUGAUUGAGCCUUCCUGAACUAGCCUUAACAGUUUAGUUUCACCAGAUGUGUGAAGAAAUUGUGUUUUCUAAAUCGUUAUAAUAUGGUGAGUUGAAUCAUCCAGAGCAUAUGACAUGUCCACCGCCUCAGAAUAUAAUCUGAAACGUUACCGAAACAAAACGCAACUGAAUUCGGCCGUUUUAUUCAGCCAAUGACAACAGAACCAAACUUCAGUGUAAUAUGUAAUAUGUCUAUCUGAUGAAACCUGCCUUUAGCCUUUGCUGCUGGUCCGUUUAAACUCCAACUGCCGAGUAAGGGCACAUGUAGGUCAGUGAAGACAUUUGUUUUUACGCUUCUUUUUUUACUUGUUAAUAUGUGUUCUGAAUGUGUCAGUUUAAUGUGUGUUUGUGUUGUUAUAAGAGAUGUACACACGCCCUCCCCCGGUCUGUCCAUAUAGGCCUCCCGUUCUGCAUGUGCACCAAAUCACUCCCCCCUCUCCCGGGCACCUCUCUGUUUAUACCGAGCCUUGCAUUUUUGACAAAAUAAAAUAAGCAGUUUAAUAAGUUUUCCCCCCCUUUUCAUUUAUCGGUUCAUUUGUUUACGUAAGCCUGGAUUCCCUCACUGCUCAGCCAGGCGCGCGCUCUGUGCCUUCCGCCCAUUGUGGGAUGUUCUAGGACACAAUUAACAAACAAUUUUAAAAACAAAAGUUGGAAUUUAAAUUGUACUAUAGAAUAAUACCGACAUUAUUUUAGUUUAUCUAUAUAUAUAGAGAGAGCGAGAUAAUGCAGAGGAGAGAGUAUGCCUCUCCGACAUCCCCACGCGCCUCGGUGGUUUCGCCUUGCCUCCCGCAGGCUGGGUGUUGCAUAACAGCGCGAGACCCGUGCAAGCCGAGAAAUAGCAUCUCAAUACACAAAUGUUUCCUGCCAUUUUAUAAGAAGGGGGGAAAGAUUUGUCGAUGCUCUUGGCCAAAAGACUUUUCAGCGUUUCCAAAUGCACCACCUUUAAAUAAACAUAAAUUGUUUAACUGUGCCUCUGUGCACCUCUGACCAUUUCCCUACUUGAUAAUGGCAUGUUCUGACACAUGUCCGAGAACAUUUAGUGCAUUUUCGUUUAAAUAUACUGUUUUAAGCCUGUUUAUCUCUGUGAAGACCUGCAGGAAUUGUGUGUGUGUGUGUGUGUGUAGUACUGCAGCACAAGCACAAGAGUGAUGAUGCCAGGCAUAAGGCUCAUCACCGGGCCUCCGAGUGCCUAUAGCUCCCAAAUACACCUCCUCAUUCCCUUUUGCCUCUCUCUCUCACCCACUCGCCCACGCACGCACCUUCCUACCCCAGCUCCAGGGAUGCCGAGCUGGGGAAGCUCUUCCUCCUCUCACCGUAAAACUGCACUAGACGCCCUGUGAUUUCUUUAUAAAAUGCAGUCACAUCAAUUUCAUGGUGCCGGGUUAUAACUUCUCUUUUGACUUGCCAAAUCAGUGAUAGACUAUAGAAGUGGAGCCUAUCGCCAAGUAAAGGCCCGUGCAGUGUCCUCCGUUAGGCCACGUUAAAACAGUGAUUCAUUAUUCGAAGUAAUCACCUAUGUGUUUAUUAUUUUUCCAAACAGCGUAGUGACAGAAAUCCCAGGAUCACUUCAGAAAAUGAGCACGUGUCGUCACAACUGACCGUGGCUCCCUGCACACGUCACUGCACGUAUAUAUAUAGCCCCCUGUUACCGGGCAAACUCCGGAUCAAAGAAAAAUUAGUUGGUUUUUUUUACCACCCCCCUCUUCAACGCAACCUAUUUAUAUAAAUAGUGGUUAUGUAAUUUUAAAUACAUCGAAUAAAACAAACUUCAUGAA